AUGUCCAAGAGAAAGAUUCCACCUACGCAUUCGUAUUUGGAGUCUUUUUCGUCUACUUUGUUUUCUGCUGCACAAAACGCAGAAGAGGAAUGCGCCACUUAUAGGGACGAAACCCCCAUGGAAAGGGGGUUUCUAAAUUGGAUCAACUUUGAGCUUGCUCAACUUGAGGAUGUUCUUCAAAACAACUUUUCCCGUGAAAUUGAUGACUACGAUGUUAACAAACACAACCACGACAUGGCUUCAAAGCUCAUUUCAGGACAGAAGAUUUCCACUUUAGAGAAUAAACUUUUUGCAUCAAAUCACGAAAAUGGCACAAAUGAGAAUUUGUUCCUCAAUUCGCCUUUUCCCUAUUUUAGAUCAAAGCUUCAGAAGGAAUUCGAGUGUAAACGAAUAGCGUUAAGCGCAACGCUAAACUUUUAUUACGAUGUUGUAGCGAGAGAAGAUGUAGUCUCGAUGUUUACUUUGACCUAUUCCGAAUGGUGGCUCCGUUUCGGGCUUGAGGUCUUAUCUGGAAACUACUUCCACCCAAGCGAAUAUCCAAACAUAAGAAAAGUUUUCCUUGAUGUUAUAUUUCCAGCCUCAAAUGUGGCCCACAAACUGGGCUUUUCGCAAUCUGCGAUUCUCAAUGCACUUCUUCUUAUUUACUUAUUAGAUCUCCUGCGCUCAAAAAUGCAUUCUUUGCAGCUAUCUGCACCUAGACUCCUGUUCAAAGAGAAAGUAGACUUUUUGAAUCUAUUUUGCAAAAAAAUCCUGCAGCCUCAGGGAGAUAUUGUGAGGCAAUUUUCACUUUAUGGUGCCGUUUUUGCGUAUACCCAAAAACCUUGCGACGCGGUCGCAUACCACAUUAGCCAGCUUUCACUUGAUUUGAGAGACGGUAUCCAGCUUUCUCGGUUGUUGGCCAAAGUAACAAGCGACUCAUCGUUCCUCUCACUUCCAAUGAAAGUGUUGAAACCCUUUCACUUGUCAAAUAUGAGUAGCAUAUUUAGGCUACUUCGGGAGAGAGGGUUCUCUUUUCAAGUGCUAAAUGCUUCCCUUGGGUCAGUGCAAGAAAUCGAGACCAAGGAUAUAGUCGAUGGACACAAGGAAAAGACCAUUGCUUUUCUUUUUAAAAUAGUUUGCAGCUGGAAAGUUCCAGCGCUCAUAUCUCAUUCAAGUCUCCAAAAGGAGAUAACUCUUUUAUAUGAAAAGAAACCCAUAAAGGAAACCCCACCUUCUUCCAUUGAGUUGCGUGAGGUACAUUGCCAACUUGCAGAUGCCAAAGCGGGACACCUUUCUUUGUUGUUUGAGUGGUGCUGGAUCAUCGGUCAGGUGAUGAACAAACUGCCUGUUCACGAUUUUUCGUCUAGUUUCGCCGAUGGACGGCUUUUUUCUGCCCUCCUAUUACAUUACGAGUCUUGUGGGAAAAGACCACCUCCGCAAAAUAAUUGGAUGCACUUUUUUAUAAAGUCAAUGGAGGGCCGGCUUCCCUCGAUCAUCAGCAAAGAAGCCUUAAUGUCGUCACCGCGCCAUUGUCUGGAUGAGAAAGUGGUUCUCUUUUUGCUUUCUUAUCUUUGUUGUUUAUUUCUUGAACCUUAA